AUGGCAAUGAUACUUACGAAAUACGAUCACGUGAAAACCUUUCCUACCUAUGCAAGCAAAUUUAAAGAACUUGAUAUAUUUUCUGACAUAAAGUUUGUAACAAAUGAUCCUAUUGUUAAAACGUGUAAAGAAAAAGCUAAACAACCUGAAGGUUUUUUCUUUAUAGAUUUGUGUACAAGACUUAAUAAAUAUUUUGACUAUUUCAGUACUCUUAAACCAUUAGAUAGUAAGCAUUGUGAGUACAUUAAUUUUUGGUUAAAUGACAAAUUGAAAAGUUACAAUGAAUUGAAUUUAUAUAGAAGGAUAUUAAAUCAUGAUAUAUCAUUAGAUAUAUUUGAUACUAGAAUUGAGGAUAUACUUAAAUACAAGUCUAAACUAGGAGUUCUUUCAAAUGAUGUAGUUGAAAAAAUUAAUAUAUUAAAUAAGUUGAAUGAACAAUAUCUGUUUUUUUUAACAAAGAAGGAAAUUGGUCGAACUGUUGAUUCUGAAUUAUGCGAACAUGCUAAAAAAUUUGCUGAAAUAUAUAAUAAAGCAAUUGAUGAGUGUUCAAACUAUAAUAAUAAAUAUUGCAAGGCUCUAAUAGAAUUCAAAGUUAAAUACGAUAAACAUAACGGAUUUACAAGAACAUGUCCAAAUGUACAGGAUUUAACAAUAAUACCUGGAACACGAAAUUAUGAAUUAGAAAUACUGAGGAGGUAUGCUUCAUUGCACGGAGAUGGGACUUAUUCUGUAACUGAUGUUUUAAAAACACUUGGUAAGAUAUUAGGAGGAGCUGUCGUGUUAUUUCUUAUAAUGAAGACUUUCCUAAGCAUGAAGAUCAUGAUAAUUAUACUAGUCAUGGUAGUUAUACCCAUCAUGAAGACGAUGAUAGUUAUCGUAGUUAUGGAGAUCAUGAUAGUUAUCCUAAUUAUGAUAAUUACCAUGAUUAUCGUAAUUAUGAUGAUUAUAACUAUUAUGAUGAAGAUCAUGGGAAUCAGGUAUACAAUGAGUAUCCAUAUUACAAUGAUAGCUAUAAAUCAGUGUCACAUAAUGGACGAUAUAACAUUCAGUAUUAUUCUGCACGUGAUGAUGAAUAUAUGUACAACUGAGAUUAAACAGUAUUCCGAAUUAGUAAAUAAUGUCAUAAAAUCAAAUUAUAAUUAUAUUAAGGUGGAAAAAAAAAUAUAUAUUUGCACAAAGCUUGUAAGUUAUAAGAAACCACCAACAUAUUCUUGA